AUGUUCAAGAUUCUAGCCCUUCUUGCCUGCCUGGCCGUCGCCGUCUUCGCUCAGUAUCCCGGCCAUGGACACGAGCACAAGGAACACUAUGCGCACCCGAAGUACAAGUUCGAGUACGGCGUGAAGGACCCCCACACCGGAGACCACAAGACCCAGUGGGAAGUCCGGGACGGUGACGUCGUCAAGGGACAGUACACCCUGCACGAAGCCGAUGGAACCGAGCGCGUGGUCGACUACAAAUCCGAUGCCCACAACGGUUUCGAGGCCGACGUCAAGAAGGUUGGACAUGCUCAUCAUCCGCAGCACUACGCCAGCCAUCCUGCGCCAGCACCUGCCCCGGCACACUACGGACAUGGACACGGCUCGGGUGCCAGCUACGUCAACAUCGUCGCCGUCGUCGCCUGCCUGGCCGUGGUUGCUUCCGCCCAGUACUACAGCGGGGGAGAGCAUGGGCUCAGCGGAUACGGUGGCCAUCACCACGAGGAGCCGAAGGACUACUACGCGUACCCGAAGUACAAGUUCGAGUACGGCGUGAAGGACCCGCACACCGGUGACCACAAGAGCCAGUGGGAAGUCCGGGACGGGGAUGUCGUCAAGGGCCAGUACUCGCUGCAGGAGCCGGACGGCACGGAGCGCGUCGUGGAGUACAAGUCGGACAAGCACAGUGGCUUCGAGGCUGUCGUGAAGAAGGUUGGACAUGCGCACCACCCGCAGGUGUACGGUGGACACCACUAA